CGACAAUCGUUUUUUUCAUUACGCAAGCAAACGCGCGUUCUAAUUGGCUGACUGCGCCUGUGGCCCAUCCCCCCGCGGAGAUUUGAAAACCGUCUGGUGAAGGAAAAGAGAGUUGAGCUUCCCAGGAAGAGAAACAUAAUCAGAGAUGGCUCCCAGGAAAAGGACCACCAAACAACGGAAAAACGACCCCAAAUCGGCCAAACUCGAGGCUUUCCUGCAGGAUUUCGACAGCGAGGUGGAGACCAGAGUUGUGCGACUGAAGGAGAAGAUCAAUCAGCUGCUGAAAGAUGUUGACAACAGUUACAACAUGGCGCUAAUUAAGCUCCCCAAGGCUUUCAGACAAACUGCCUGGCUGGAACAUUGCAAGUCUGAGAAACCAAAGUCACCCGCAGUGGAUAAUACGAAGAGAGAAGAGGAAGCUGCUAUUGUUGACAGUGUUAUGGCAGAGGACCACGCAGAGCUUCUGAAAUCAGUCAAGAAAACAUCCAAGAAAAAUGGUGGCGCCAAAUCCAGUUCAGAGGAUGAAAACAUCCCGAGCACAACAAGGAAGGGGAAAGCGACAAGGAAACCUCCGUCCACAUCAAAAAGGGCAAAGGCGCUGGCAGUCAGCAAGCAGAACACCUCCAUCAGACGAUCAGCCAGGAAGCCGUUGGUCACUCCUGCCAGGAACAUGCUGGAUUCAUCUUUGAUGAUGGGCGCCACCCCUCUAGUUACCCCACGCUUUGACCCAAGGCUUCCAAAGACCCCUGCUGUGAGGGUUCCUCGCCACAAAGAGAGGGUCUACAGCAUUUCAGUCAACGGCUCUCCCAUUGCAGCAGGAAACGAGGAUAUCAUCAUCAACAUCCCCAGCGGCAAUGGCGAGAGCGUCCAGCUGUUGGCCAGUCAGAUGGACACAGUGGACCUGUCACUACUGGAUGAAACUGCUCUGAAGAGCAUUCGGCUGCUGCAGAAUCGCCUCACGAACCUGUGCGGGAUAACAGAGUGACCUGUUCGUCUGCUGUUGACUUGUAUAUUACUUUAAAGAAAUUUUAUCCUUAUUUUAAAGCCUCAGCGUUGGCAGGUUCUUAAGGAAACCACGUUUUGCCAGUACUUUGUUUUGCUGGCCAUAGUUUUCUUUAAACCCAACACAUUCACUUGAAUUCAUCCAGUUGCUGAAACCUGUCAGAUGUUUAAAUGUGUCUUCUGUUUCACUCAUUUACCUUCGUGAGAUAGUUUAGUUAACAGCCUCGCUUCACCUUUCAUUUUUAUGAGUGUUUUCUGCUGCUGUUGUAGCAUUAGGUCUCAUUUUUAGUGCUGUUCCAGUCUUUUAUUCUCGUAAAAUAUGGAUUUUAUUUGUUCUUCACGACUUCUAAGAAUAUUGACAGAUAUGUGCUCUGCAGAUACUUUAUUUUUAACUCUUUUGUAGGUUCACUCUAAUCCUACAUUUUUUUUGGGUUCAUUUUGUCAUUGUUGAGUCAACAAUUCUCCAGGUUUCAAUAAAUCACUAGAGUUACAUUAUCGGUAACUCCAUUAUCGGUCCAAAUGCAAACUUCAUAUACAUAGAUGACUCUUUGUAUGCAAAGCUGAUAAAGGAUUUUGACC